CACAGUCAAUUCAUUCAUCUCCCAUCUUUUUUUCCUUUCUGGUUCUGUUUCAAUGGCUAUGUCUUUCUCAUCGAGAUCAUCAUAUCUGAAUUUCAGAACCAAGAGAGCCAAUCUGUAUUACAUAACUCUAAUCACAAUUUUGUGCGCAGUCUGUUACCUCGUUGGUGUAUAUUCCGGGUCUUCGUUUCCUCUUGCAACAAAAUCUACCAUCACCGAAUCCUUACCAUGCACUUCACCGCACGCAAACACUGCCACCGAACGAGUUCUCGACUUCUCAGCCCACCACUAUGCGAUGGACCCUCCUCCUACGGCGGCGCGUGUCUCUCACAUCCCUCCCUGUGACGCCAAGUACACAGAGUACACCCCGUGUCAUGACGUUCGAAGAUCGUUGAAAUUUGACAGAGAGAGGCUUAUUUAUAGAGAAAGGCACUGCCCUGAAAAGAACGAGUUGUUGAAGUGUCGUGUGCCGGCUCCGUACGGUUAUAAGGUGCCGUUUAAAUGGCCGGAGAGUAGAGAUUUCGCUUGGUACGCUAAUGCGCCACAUAAGGAGUUGACGGUGGAGAAGAAAAACCAGAACUGGGUCCAGGUUGAGGGAGACCGCCUCAGGUUUCCUGGCGGCGGGACGAUGUUUCCUCAUGGUGCUGAUGCGUACAUCGACGAUAUUGGAAAGCUGAUUAAUCUUAGAGAUGGGUCCAUAAGGACCGCCAUUGAUACAGGAUGCGGGGUUGCGAGUUGGGGUGCUUACCUUCUGUCAAGAAAUAUCAUAGCAAUGUCAUUUGCACCACAGGACACUCAUAUAUCCCAAGUGCAGUUUGCUUUAGAACGUGGAGUUCCAGCGUUGGUUGGAGUCAUGGCUUCUAUGAGACUCCCUUACCCUUCAAGAGCUUUUGACAUGGCACAUUGCUCUCGUUGCCUUAUUCCUUGGGGCCAGUAUGAUGGACUUUACUUGAUCGAAGUUGAUCGAAUUUUACGGCCUGGUGGGUACUGGAUUCUGUCCGGGCCGCCGGUGAACUGGCAGAGACACUGGAAAGGCUGGAACAGAACAACUGAAGAUCUUGCAGCGGAAGAGAUGGGAAUAGAAAGUGUAGCAAAGAGUUUAUGCUGGAAAAAAUUGAAACAAAAGGGUGACCUUGCUAUUUGGCAAAAAGCAACUAAUCAUGUCCAUUGUCAAGUUAAUAGGAAGGUCUUUAAGCAUCCACGCUUUUGUAAAGCACAAGAUCCUGACAUGGCAUGGUACACAAAAAUGGAGGAUUGUUUAACCCCAUUGCCGGAUGUGUUAGAUAUAAAGGAAAUCGCCGGGGGAAAAUUAGCAAAUUGGCCAGAGAGACUGACUGCAGUCCCUCCUAGGAUUUACAGUGGAAGUUUGAAUGGAAUCACAGCUGAGAUAUUUAGAGAAGACACAGAAUUAUGGAAGAAAAGAGUGGCAUAUUACAAAUCCGUGGACUAUCAGUUAGCACAAAAUGGGCGGUACAGAAAUUUGCUUGACAUGAACUCUUAUUUGGGAGGCUUUGCAGCAGCUGUAGUUGAUGAUCCAGUCUGGGUCAUGAACAUGGUGCCUGUGGAAGCUGAGAUCAAUACCCUUGGAGUCAUCUAUGAACGAGGGUUGAUAGGAUCCUAUCAAAAUUGGUGUGAAGCUAUGUCUAGUUAUCCCAGGACUUACGACUUUAUACAUGCUGCCUCUGUUUUUAGUCUCUACAAGGACAGAUGUGAAAUGGAAGAUAUUCUGUUAGAAAUGGAUAGGAUAUUAAGGCCAGAAGGUAGUGUAAUUAUCAGGGACGAUGUAGAUAUGUUGGUGAAGAUCAAGAGCUUGAUUGAUGGUAUGCAAUGGGAUGGCAGGAUUACCGAUCAUGAAGAUGGGCCACAUCAAAGACAAAAAAUUCUUUUUGCAGUUAAACAAUACUGGACAGCCCCCGCUCCUGAGCAAGCACACAAGGGGGAGCCGAAGAAGUCAAAAACGAAAUAUGAGAGGCGAUGACGAAAUCGUAGUUUCAAAAGCAUAGUUGACGGAAGCCUAGUUGUUACUUUUAAUAAGGAUAAAUGAUAUUCAACGGCACUCUCUCUUAACCACUCUUUCCAGUUUCAGUGGCACCACUCUCUUUGAACCACUCUUAUAGUCCCACAGGCGCCACUCUAUCUGAACCACACUUUUGGUUUUUCCCACCAGAAAAAGUUUGGUCUAUGAAGAACAACUAAUUUUCUAUUCUAUAACUACUAAUUUUUCCCACAAAAUUUCAUUUUAAGUACAUUUAAUAAAAAGUUCGGCCUACGAACGCUUCCACUACUAUGCUGCAAGUGACGCUUUUGUUGAUAAUACCAGGAAAUCUUAUCCUUUUUCUUAUUAAAUUCUAGUCAUUAGGAUCCCAUUCUUCAUCACGAUCAAAAUUUAGCCAUGUGCUGAAAGCUUGAGAUAUAAGCAUACCAACCUUUCUAAUCCGACUUAAUUUUGUGUCAAAUUUUGUUCUCAUAGUUUGUAUAAUAAGCAAUUAUUAAAUGUCCAGAAAAAGGGCAUGAUCCAAAUAAGCAAUUAUAGCAGUAAUACACUUUGUAUAAUACUCAUUAUUUUGAGAGUAAAUUGCACAUUGUUGUUAAACCAAAAAAAAAUACUUCAUCAAAAGAUAAAACAUAUUAAUUGUUUUAAA